AUGAAACGGGUAGCGGUGAUCGGAGCGGGAUGCAGCGGCCUGGCUGCCAUAAAAUGUUGCCUGGAUGAAGGUAUUGAGCCCGUGUGCUUUGAAAGAGAAAAUGACAUUGGGGGACUAUGGAACUAUAGUGAUACGCCAAAAGUCGGCAAAGGAAGUGUAUAUAAAUCUUGUGUCAUCAACACUAGCAAGGAGAUGAUGGCUUUCAGUGACUUCCCUCCCCCAGAUGAUUUCCCGUCUUUCAUGCCGCACAAAUAUGUCCUCAAAUACUUUCGCCUGUACGCCGAGAACUUUGGUUUGCUGGAUCAUAUAAAGUUCCAAACGUCAGUGGACAGAGUGGUACCCGCCGAAGACUACGAGGAAACUGGGCGGUGGAGGGUUACCUUCACUUCUGGGACAGAUGGUCCAAUGACGGACAUUUUUGACGGGGUUUUGAUUUGUACAGGUCAUCACACGUAUCCACAUCUCCCCAAGUUUAGGGGUUUGGAGAAUUUUAAGGGAACGAACAUGCACUCGCAUAGUUACCGGGACAAUAAAGACUUUCACGGGAAGAACGUCUUAGUGGUCGGAAUUGGAAAUUCAGGUGUAGAUAUCGCAGUAGACCUUAGUCACGCCGCUUCACAGGUUUACUUGAGCACGAGACGCGGUGCCUGGGUAGUUAGUCGGAAGGGGUUCUGGGGGUAUCCUGCUGACGCAAUCGCAAACAGUCGUUUCUUGUUCACUUUACCUAAAAAUGUGUUACAGUGGAGUGUGGAAAAAAUGUGCAACUUCAACUUUGAUCAUGAGGCUUAUGGAGUAAAACCGUCACAAAGGUGCUUCCAGACACACCCGACAAUAAACGACGAACUUCCGUUUCGAAUUAUGGUUGGUGCAAUUCAGGUCCGACCGAAUGUGCAUGAAUUUACAGACUAUGCCGUCAGUUUUGUGGACGGCACGACGGAGCAGAUUGAUGCCGUGGUGUUUGCCACCGGCUACGACUACAAGAUCGCUUUUCUGGAUAAUUCUGUUACUACGAUAGAAAACAACCAAACCUGCCUAUACAAAUACAUGUUUCCACCCCACCUCCAGCAUCCGACACUAGGAAUUGUGGGAUUGGUUCAAGCCAUUGGCGCCAUUAUGCCAAUUUCUGAAAUCCAAUGCAGGUGGUUCACACGGCUUGUUACAGACCAGUGUACCCUUCCGUCUUACUCGGAAAUGAUCGCAGACAUUCAAAACAAACGGGACUGGAUGAAUGAAACAUACGUGACGUCGCAGCGGCACACCUUACAGACCUUCUGGAUAGAGUACAUGGAUCAAAUCGCCCAGAAAAUCGGAGUCCGACCAAACUUCACGAAACUUUUCUUCGAGGAUCCGUAUUUAGCGACACGCUGCUUCUUUGGACCUUGUCUUCCUACUCAGUUUCGGUUAGAGGGUCCUGGAAAAUGGAAUGGCGCCAAACGCUGCAUCCAAGGCGCCAUCUCGCGAUGCAUGAAACCUCCGCACAAAGGGCUACAACCCAUAAACUUUAUCAAAUCCAAAACGAGGCGUCUUAGUAUUGAAAUCCAAGUACCGAAUUUUAUCAAGCCAUAUUUUGUUUUAUUUGUGCUGUGUUUCCUUUUCAUGUGUUUGCUCUUUGUGUAGCCAGCACGAGUUAAACUCGUCAAACACUUAUCUGUUGAUUUUGCUUUUGAUGUUGUUUUUUAUGUGUUUUUCGGACGUUGUGUCAGUAUAGUUUUAUGUUGUCUCCUUGGAAAUUUAGUGCAAGACAUGUCAGUUUGAUUUGAACUGUGAUAAUCUGAGUGAACGAGAUGUUUUCAUUCUUUAUUCUGGAUUCAGAUAGAUUUCAAAUUAUAUUUAUUUUCUGUAGUUGCUCUUUUUACUUGAUUGGGUCACGUGUAUAUACACUGUACAUUGUGCCAAAUACGGAC